AGCGCCACAGCCUCCUCCUCUUCCAUCAUGGCUCCCUCGGCAGACAGGCAGGGAUACUGGGGGCGGCCGACCUCAACGCUGGACUGGUGCGAAGAGAAUUAUGUCGCCUCUUUUUACAUCGCGGAAUUCUGGAACACUGUCAGCAACCUGAUUAUGAUCCUUCCUCCCAUUUAUGGAGCCAUUCAGACGUUCCGAGACGGCCUCGAGUUUCGCUACAUCUGCUCUUUCCUUGGACUGGCAGCUGUCGGUGUUGGUUCCUGGUGCUUCCACAUGACGCUGCUGUAUGAGAUGCAGUUACUGGACGAGUUGCCGAUGAUUUACAGUACAUGCGUCUUUGUCUACUGCCUAUAUGAGUGUUUCAAACAAGAGAAGAGCAUCAGUUUAUUUACGAUUGCGUUGCUGUUAAUCUUCAGCGUCUCGGUCACUCUGGUGUACUUGCAGUGGAAGGAGCCCGUCUUUCAUCAGGUCAUGUAUGGCGCGCUCGUAGCUUGCCUAGUGAUACGAUCUAUCUUCAUUGUGACAUGGGUGUACCCAUGGCUGCGGCCACUGUGUUACACCUCCUUAGGAGUCUUUAUGUUGGGCUUCCUGCUGUGGAACAUUGACAACAUCUUCUGUGACACACUGAGAACCAGCCGGCAGAGACUUCCCUCUGGGGUCGGAGUAGUGACACAGUUCCAUGCCUGGUGGCACAUCUUCACAGGCCUCGGGUCCUACCUGCACAUACUUCUCAGCCUGCAGAUCAGGUCAACCUACCUCAAGCACAGACCAAACGUAAAGUUUCUUUGUGGAGUUUGGCCCACGUUGCACAUUGAUCCACAGAAGACGAGUUGAGCUGAAGGGACGGGGGCCGACUGAAGGCCGGUGACUGCCAUACCCAGACACCAUCGGCACAGGGAACUGCCCAAUGCCCACUGCUCGGGACUCAGCCCAGGUGGACCCCAAGGCACCCCCCUGGGGACCCCUCAACUCUGCACUGUGGGGAUUUUACAAAGAACAGUAAAGCACUCAGUCCAGUUUAAAGGAAUGUAAGAUUCUUUUCACAAUUAAUUAAAUUAGCUUUUCUGUAAUCUUAUUGAAGUGUACUAAUUGUAUUUGCUCAUUCAAUUUAAAUCCAGAAAGGAUGUGUCGGCCACCGCAGUGGUAAAUACUGAAGGGGAUGGGUAUUUUCUUAAUUAGAGAUUGGGAACAGGAAAAGCUCUGUCAUCAUUCAGUCUUGGUCCAUGAGCAUAUUUAUUGUUGUAUGUUUGAUUCUGUGUAUAUUUGAAUCUCCGAAACCUAAAGAUAUUUAAAUAGAUCCCGAAGCUAAAGUAUAACUAAGACCUUUGCAUAUGAGUAGUUUUAACACAGGGUCGUUUGAGGGAGUAUCGUAUUGCUUUUAGAUGUGAUCACUACAGACGGGAUAGAAAGUGCCAACGAGACAGUGGAAGUGAGACUGUGUCCUUGAAGCCUAGCCUUCCUUCAUUUUGACUUUCCUCUUUUCCUCUCUAACCAAGCCAAGACUGGAAUUAUCAAUUGCUCUUUUCUUUCUUUGCCAAAUUUGUUCUGGAAUUUUAAAAGAGUCUCGUAAUGAGAGAGACUUUUACAUGUUUUACCUUGCUGUGUUGGAGAAGGAAAUGCAACGCUCACACCUUUGUUCCAUGGCAUUAUCACAUAUCCUUGUGUUGUUUAAGGACACCAGAUAAGAAUGUGCCAGUUACACAAAGCCAGUCGAACCACUUUCGACAGCUCGGGUUUCUGUGGCCAGAGAAGCGCUUUCACACUCUUUAAAGGGGGUACUGCACACAUCUGAGAGGGACAAUGAUUUUACAGCCCCCCUCAGCCCCGUAUGGGUCGACUGUUGGGUGGUAACAGAAUCCCCAUGAGCCUCCCUCAGGGUGUGUUAUGUUAAGAAACCUGUGUGGAUCAGAUAUGGAUAGUUGAGACACAGUUAACGAGGCAGGCUAACACAGACAACAUGUUGAAGAGGAAGAUUUUAUAUUUGCGUCAUUGCAUCGUCCUGCUGCAGAGGACCAGACAGCCUCCUGCUUUGUUCAACUCCUUUAUAGUCGAGUGUUUUUAUCAUAACUAAUAACUAGUUAUUAUAAAAACACUCGACGAUACCACUACAUUCUAUUUAUGCCACUUAUUUAUUCGUCCUUUCUUUUGUUUCCUUUAUUUACGCCGAGGCGUGAUGCUGAAGAGUCCAAUGGUCCAUGUGCAUCUUGUCAGGGAAACAGUUUAUGAUACAACCGCUAGGUGGCAUCAGUGUCCAGCUUAUUUCAGACAUUGCCAAACGUGCCACAGUGCACUGAUGAGCUAUACCUACUGUAGAAGAGGAUCUCUGACUUGCUUUUCCUCUGAUGGAGUUGAGGCGUGAAGCAAAGGGAUUUGUGUGUGUGUAUGUGUGUUUGUUCUGCUGCUGUGAAUACGUGGAUCUGUAAUGGUAACAAUAGAACCUAGAGCCGGCACUCUGGAAAUGCACAUGAAGUAUGUUGUUUGUGUGUGGGGCUCCGGAACGGCUGUGUGCCGGGUUAUCUCCAGAGACGGCACACGUUACAUCCAUAUAUCAAGAUGCAUUUUCACUCUGCUAACCCAGAGUUACAAGUGUUCAUAAGCACAACAUGUGAAAGAAAAAAGUAUUAACAUUGUUCAAAUGUCUGUUUGGAACCUCCAAUGUGUGUUAACAUCGUUGACAUGGCUGCUCAUCAGCAGAGGUGAGCGGCCGUCAGAGCGGGUGCCUUAUUGUUGUCCUCGCAGUCCAAGUAAUCCGAGUUGCCUUGACGAUGGUGAUAAACAAACCCAUUCAACUGCCCCAUUAAUUUCAUUCGUCCAGCAUCUAAGUUACAGGUCGUUCUAAUGAUGUUCACUGUAGCUGUAAGUAAAACAAUAGGUGUUGAGGCCAGAAGAGCAAACUGUUGAACUCUGGUCACGAACCAGGCUUUAAUGAUUUGUAUUGUAUAUCUGUAUUGUCAAAUAAAAGAAAAUGUGUCGGAC